AUGAAACAAAACCUCUUUGGAGAUAUUUUAAGAAAAACUCCCGGUGGUGGAAACUAUAUGGUCAACUGUACUUUGUGUGAUUUUGAAUUUAAUGGAUCUUACACUCGAGUGAGAGCUCAUCUCUUAAAAAUUAAGGGAGAAGGGGUUAGAGUUUGUCCAAAGGUGAAUCCGACAAAACUUUCUGAGCUUAAAAGAUUGGAUAAUGAAGCAACUUUGAAAAUUGAAAAUUCAAAGAAGAAAAAGGUCUCUCUACCACCUGUAUCUGAGGAAAGAAAGCAGACAAGCAGUGGUGGUGUUCACCAAAAACUCAAGGGUCCUCUAGAAGCUUCUUUCAACAUUCAAGCUAGAGAUGCUCUUGAUUGUGAAAUUUCAAGGAUGUUUUAUUUUUCAGGAUUAACAUUUCAUCUCGCAAGAAGUCCUUAUUAUAGGAGUGCCUUUUCUUACGCUGCCAAUACUUCUAACCUUAGUGGAUAUGUACCACCAUCAUAUAAUAAAUUGAGAGGUCCACUGCUUGAUAAAGAAAGAUCUCAUGUAGAAAAUCUUCUGCAACCUAUAAAGAAUUCACGGAAGCCAAAAGGUGUGACAAUUGUUAGCGAUGGAUGGAGCGACCCUCAAAGAAGACCUCUUAUCAAUUUUAUGGCUAUCAAUGAGAGUGGACCAAUGUUUUUGAAAGCAAUAGAUGGAUCUGGUGAGACAAAAGACAAGGAUUUUAUUGUCAAACACAUGAGAGAUGUAAUUAUGGAAGUUGGACCAAAAAACGUGGUACAAAUUAUCACAGACAAUGCAGCAUUUCUUUCUGUUGCUCCAACGAGAUUUGCUUCAACCAUUAUCAUGCUUAAAAGAUUUAGAAGCUUGAAAAGAGGACUCCAAGAGAUGGUAAUUAGUAAUGAAUGGUCUGAUUACAAAGAGGAUAAUGUUGAUAAUGCACGAACAGUCAAAGAAACUUUAUUGAAUGAUAAUUGGUGGAUGAAGGUUGACUAUAUACUUGCUUUUACUGCCCCUAUUUAUGAUGUUAUCAGAAAAACAUAUACGGAUAUGGCUACUCUUCAUUUAGUGUAUGAGACGUGGGAUUCAAUGAUUGAAGAUGUGAGGAAGAUCAUAUACCAACAUGAAAGAAAGGCACAAGUUGAACAUUAA